AUGGACCGCUUCCUGGGUUUCGUCAAGCAAAUAAGGAGAUCUAGGAGAAGAAAGGGGAAAAAGUACCGGCCAGAAGAAGACUACCACGAGGGCUAUGAGGAUGUCUAUUAUUACGCUUCAGAGCAUUUUCGAAAUGAGAGUCCCUACACUAAAUCCGCCAGCCAGACAAAGCCGCCUGAUGGAGCAUUGGCUGUGAGGAGACAGAGCAUCCCAGAGGAAUUCAAGGGCUCCACCGUGGUUGAGCUGAUGAAGAAGGAAGGCACCACCCUCGGACUGACAGUGUCGGGCGGCGUUGACAAGGACGGCAAGCCAAGAGUAUCUAACCUGCGGCAAGGAGGGAUUGCUGCUAGAAGUGAUCAACUGGACGUAGGUGACUACAUCAAAGCUGUGAAUGGGAUCAACCUGGCCAAAUUCCGUCAUGACGAGAUCAUCAGUUUGCUGAAGAAUGUUGGGGAAAGAGUGGUUCUUGAAGUCGAGUAUGAGCUGCCGCCAGUCUCUGUCCAAGGAUCAAGUGUUAUUUUCCGAACAGUGGAGGUCACAUUACAUAAAGAAGGCAAUACCUUUGGUUUUGUAAUACGAGGGGGAGCGCAUGAUGAUAGAAAUAAAUCUCGUCCCGUUGUGAUAACAUGUGUUCGUCCUGGAGGGCCUGCUGACAGAGAGGGCACAAUCAAACCUGGCGAUAGGUUGCUCAGUGUGGAUGGAAUUCGCCUUCUGGGAACCACGCAUGCUGAAGCCAUGAGUAUUCUCAAACAGUGUGGACAAGAAGCAACGCUGCUGAUAGAAUACGAUGUCUCCGUAAUGGACUCUGUGGCAACAGCAUCCGGGCCAUUACUAGUUGAAGUUGCCAAAACUCCUGGUGCCAGCCUUGGGGUUGCCCUUACUACCUCGAUGUGCUGUAACAAACAGGUCAUUGUCAUAGACAAAAUUAAAUCUGCAAGCAUUGCAGACAGAUGCGGUGCACUGCACGUGGGGGACCACAUCCUGUCCAUCGAUGGGACCAGCAUGGAGUACUGCACGCUGGCGGAAGCCACCCAGUUCCUGGCGAACACCACGGACCAGGUCAAGCUGGAGAUCCUUCCUCAUCAUCAGACCCGCCUGGCUCUGAAGGGACCCGACCACGUGAAAAUUCAGAGGAGCGACAGGCAACCUACCUGGGAUUCCUGGGCCAGCAGCCACUGCAGCCUGCACACCCACCGUCACUAUAACACGCUCCGCCCUGACCAUUGCCGAGUGCCUGCCCUGACAUUCCCGAAAGCGCCUCCUCCCAACAGCCCUCCAGCUUUGGUGUCUUCAUCCUUCUCUCCUACCUCCAUGAGUGCAUACAGCCUGAGCUCCCUGAACAUGGGGACUUUACCUCGCAGCCUCUACUCCACCAGUCCACGUGGAACCAUGAUGAGAAGGAGACUGAAAAAGAAAGACUUCAAAAGCUCACUGUCUUUAGCCUCCAGCACCGUGGGCUUGGCUGGGCAGGUGGUUCACACAGAAACCACAGAGGUUGUGCUGACAGCAGACCCUGUCACAGGAUUUGGGAUCCAACUGCAGGGCAGUGUGUUUGCCACUGAGACUCUCUCCUCGCCACCUCUCAUAUCCUACAUUGAAGCCGACAGCCCAGCAGAGAGAUGUGGGGUACUACAGAUUGGAGACAGAGUGAUGGCCAUUAAUGGAAUUCCAACUGAGGAUAGCACCUUCGAGGAAGCCAAUCAGCUCCUCCGAGACUCUUCAAUCACAAGCAAGGUCACACUGGAAAUCGAGUUUGAUGUUGCAGAGUCUGUCAUCCCAAGUAGUGGAACAUUUCAUGUAAAGCUCCCUAAGAAGCACAAUGUGGAACUUGGAAUAACCAUAAGUUCACCCUCCAGUAGAAAACCAGGGGAUCCCCUUGUCAUUUCAGAUAUCAAAAAAGGCAGCGUGGCACACAGAACUGGAACCCUGGAACUUGGGGAUAAAUUACUUGCAAUAGAUAACAUUCGGCUGGACAACUGUUCCAUGGAAGAUGCAGUUCAGAUCCUCCAGCAGUGCGAAGACCUGGUGAAGCUCAAAAUCCGCAAAGAUGAAGAUAACUCAGAUGAACAAGAAAGUUCCGGAGCAAUUAUUUACACCGUGGAGCUUAAGCGCUAUGGGGGGCCCCUUGGCAUCACGAUUUCAGGAACUGAAGAGCCAUUUGAUCCUAUAAUCAUUUCAAGCCUCACUAAAGGGGGAUUAGCUGAAAGAACUGGCGCAAUCCACAUCGGAGACCGAAUCCUAGCCAUCAACAGCAGCAGCCUGAAAGGGAAGCCUCUGAGUGAAGCCAUCCAUUUGUUACAGAUGGCAGGAGAGACUGUCACCUUGAAAAUUAAGAAACAGACAGAUGCUCAGUCAGCAUCAAGUCCCAAGAAAUUCCCCAUUCCCAGCCACUUGAGUGACCUGGGAGAUGUCGAGGAGGACCCCUCUCCCUCACAGAAGUCCGGCAAACUCACCGACAUGUACCCCUCCACCGUGCCCAGUGUGGACAGUGCUGUGGACUCGUGGGAUGGCUCUGGGAUCGAUGCCAGCUAUGGCAAUCAAGGCACCAGCUUUCAGGCCUCAGGAUACAACUUCAACACCUAUGACUGGAGGAGUUCGAAGCCGAGGGGUAGCUUGUCCCCAGUCACUAAGCCUCGAAGCCAGACUUACCCAGAUGUAGGGCUGAGUAAUGAAGACUGGGACCGGUCCACAGUCAGUGGUUUUACAGGGGCUCCUGACAGUACCGAGGCAGAGCAAGAGGAAAACUUCUGGUCCCAAGCACUGGAAGAUUUGGAAACCUGUGGGCAGUCAGGAAUUCUGAGAGAGCUUGAGGAGAAAGCUGACAGGCGUGUGUCUUUGAGAAACAUGACUCUCUUGGCAACAAUCAUGUCGGGGAGCACGAUGAGUUUGAAUCAUGAGGCCCCAACACCUCGCAGUCAGCUGGGCAGACAGGCCAGCUUCCAGGAACGGAGCAGCUCCCGGCCGCACUAUAGCCAAACAACUCGGAGCAACACCCUGCCCUCAGAGGUGGGCAGGAAGUCCGUCCCCCUAAGGAAAAUGAAACAAGACAUAAAGGAGAUCGUGUCCCCAACUCCUGUGGAGCUGCAUAAGGUGACCUUGUACAAAAGCUCUGACAUGGAGGACUUUGGGUUCAGUGUAGCAGACGGCCUGCUGGAGAAAGGAGUGUAUGUCAAAAAUAUUCGCCCUGCUGGGCCAGGAGAUCUUGGUGGUUUAAAGCCUUAUGACAGGCUCUUACAGGUUAAUCAUGUCCGAACGAGAGACUUUGACUGCUGCCUCGUUGUGCCCCUCAUCGCAGAAUCGGGUAAUAAGCUGGACCUGGUUAUUAGCAGAAACCCACUGGCUUCACAGAAAUCCAUAGAACAGACUCUACCAGGAGAAUGGAGUGAACAGAACAGCGCUUUUUUCCAGCAGCCUAGCCAUGGUAGUAAUCUGGAGAUUCGAGAACCAACUAAUACCUUAUAGCAACGCUUUUUAUAAA